GAUAAUGAAUGGAUAAGACGACCAUGCACGAAUUGUAACGCGACAUGCUCACCUGAAGUGAGGAUUCCCGUUGAAUCCAAUACUCCUCAUGCAUCUGCUGCUCUCCAAUCACUUCCUCUCCCUCCAAAAUCCCCGAAUUUUCUCUAACAGCUGUCGUCGCCGCCGCCGCAUACUCUUCCCAACCGUCAAACGUAAAAUCACCAUUGUAGUAACUAAGUCCGCCGCUUCAGCUUCAGGUUCUUCACAACGCGCAACCACCCUCCAAAACGAAACCCUAGAAAUCCUAGAAUGGCGCUCUCUUUGCAACCAACUCUCUCCCUUUACGUCCACCUCUAUGGCGCUCACUCAAACCCAAACCGGAGCAAUCCCGAUUGGUCAGACCGUGGAGGAGUCACAGAAGCUUCUGGACCAAACUGCGGCGGCAUUGCACGCGAUGAAGGCUUUGGAAUCCGAGCCGUUGGAUCUUGCCGCCAUAGAAAAUGUAUCAGAAAUUGUGCGCUGUGCAGCCUCUGGACAGCUCCUUACUGUGACUGAGCUUUGCCGAAUUCGAAGGACAUUGAGGGCAGCCAGAGCCGUGUGGGAGAAGCUGGUGGCAAUUGCAGCUGGUUCGAUUGGAGAUUCUUCUGGGUCGUACACUCCUUUACUUGAAAUUCUACAGAGUUGCAAUUUACAGAUGGAGUUGGAGCAAAAGAUAGGAUUUUGCAUUGACUGUAAUCUUUCAAUGGUGCUUGAUAGAGCUAGUGAAGAACUGGAGCUUAUUAGGGCUGAGAGGAAGAGGAACAUGGAAAAUCUGGAUUCUCUGUUGAAGGAAGUGUCAACUCGAAUCUUUCAGGCUGGGGGCAUUGAUCGACCUUUUGUAACCAAGCGCCGGUCAAGGAUGUGUGUUGGUAUUAGGGCUUCCCACAAAUAUUUGCUUCCAGAUGCUGUGGCUCUGAAUGUUAGUAGUUCUGGUGCAACAUACUUUAUGGAGCCCAAAGAAGCUGUAGAGUUGAACAAUAUGGAAGUAAGGCUUUCAAACUCUGAAAAAGCUGAGGAAAUGACCAUCUUGAGCUUGCUUACUUCUGAAAUAGCAGAAGCAGAAGCUGACAUAAUGUGUUUGUUAAAUAGAGUUCUAGAAGUUGAUCUAGCUUUUGCUAGAGCUGCAUACGCUCAUUGGGUUAAUGGUGUCUGCCCAAUUUUUAUAUCAAAGGAAUAUGACACUGAAAAUUCCAUUGACGGAGGUAAUGCUUUAUCAGUAGAUAUAGAAGGAAUGCAACAUCCACUUCUCCUUGGGUCCUCUCUAAGAAAUAUGCUAGAUGACCUUGCAUCCAACCCUGGGAAUCCAUCUAAAUUAUAUGGGGAGAAUGAUGUAACUGUGGCUGGAAAUUCUUCUGAACAGACUCAUAACUUUCCUGUACCAAUAGAUAUUAAAGUUGAAUGUGGGACAAGGGUGGUUGUAAUCUCAGGACCCAAUACAGGAGGUAAAACUGCUUCAAUGAAAACUUUGGGGUUGGCAUCUCUCAUGUCAAAGGCUGGCAUGUAUUUGCCUGCUAAGAAUCAGCCAAGACUUCCAUGGUUUGAUCUUGUUCUAGCAGAUAUUGGGGACAACCAGUCUUUAGAACAAAAUCUCUCAACUUUUAGUGGGCACAUGUCACGGAUUUGUAAUAUCUUGGAAGUGGCAUCAGAAGAAUCACUUGUCCUCAUUGAUGAAAUUGGUAGUGGAACAGAUCCUAUGGAAGGUGUGGCUCUGUCUACCAGCAUUUUGCAGUAUCUCAAAGAUUGUGUAAAUUUAGCGGUUGUAACAACUCAUUAUGCGGAUUUAAGUUGCCUAAAAGAGAAGGAUUCUCGCUUUGAGAAUGCAGCAAUGGAAUUUUCAAUGGAGUCUUUGCAACCUACCUACCAGAUACUUUGGGGUAGCACUGGUGAUUCAAAUGCGCUGGCAAUUGCUAAAUCAAUUGGUUUUGAUAGAAGCAUAAUUGAAUGUGCAAAAAAUUGGUUGGAGAACCUAAAGGCAGAAAAUCAAGUGGAGCGUAAAGGGUUAUUAUAUCAGUCUCUGAUGCAGGAAAGAAGCAGAUUGGAAGCUCAGUUCAAGAGAGCUGCAUCUCUUCAUGCAGAAAUUAUGGACCUUUAUCAUGAGAUUGAAGAUGAGGCAAAGGAUCUUGAUAAGCGAGAGAUUGCUCUCAGGGAAAAGGAAAGCCAAAAGGUUGAACAAGAAUUGAAUGCUGCCAAGUUACAAAUUGACAAUGUUAUAAUGGAGUUUGAAAAUCAGCUCAGAACUGCCCCUUAUAAUGAGUUUAAUUCACUAAUUAGGAAAUCAGAAUCUGCAAUUUCAUCCAUUGUCAGAGCCCACAAUCCUCAUGAUGGUUUCUCUCUAAGUAAAACAAAUACAAGUAAUUACCAACCCCAUUCUGGUGAGCAAGUCCAUGUGAAGGGACUUGGAAAUAAGUUAGCCACAGUUGUUGAAGCACCUGGGGAGGAUGAUGACACAGUCUUAGUCCAAUAUGGUAAAGUAAGGAUCCGUGUGAAGAAGGACAACAUCAGAGCCAUUCAAAGCAGCAAAAGAACAGCAACUAGCUCAAUUCACCGCCUGAAAACCCAGGAGCACCAAGGCAGAGAAUUCCAGAAUAGUUCAGAUGCUAACAAUAUCAAUGAGACUACUUAUGGACCCCUAAUAAAGACAUCGAAAAACAGUAUAGAUCUACGGGGUAUGCGAGCAGAGGAAGCUGCUCACCACCUUAACAUGGCCAUUUCAGCAAGAGAACCACAAUCAGUUCUCUUUGUUGUUCAUGGGAUGGGCACUGGUGUGGUCAAGGAGCGGGCACUGGAGAUAUUGAGAACUCAUCCUCGUGUGACCAAGUACGAACAGGAAAGUCCAUUGAAUUAUGGCUGUACAGUUGCUUAUAUCAAAUGAAAGUUAAAAGUUCUCUCGGGUUUUGCCAGAAUCCGAGUUAUUAGCCAUAUAAAUAAAUUUUUUACUGUUAAUCCCAUCUUGAGUUCACCCAUCAGAGUUUCCUGAAUGAUCUUAUCUCUGUUUCUGGGAAAGCUCAAUUAGACUUAUCCCGUUUGGUCCCCACGAAGACACAUCAGAAAAAGUUUUGGCACUUAUCCUGCAUGCAAGAGUUUGGCCGAACUUUUGCUUCAGAUAAAGAACACGUAAGACUCAAACAAAAGUUGAUGCUGUCACAUGCAUGUUCCUUGCGCAAUGCUUUUGUAAGUUAGAAGAUUUAUUAGUAUUUCCGUUACGGUUUUUCAAGAUAAGCAUGCGCCCAAGCCUCAGUUCCCCCAUUUCACUGCGCAAAGGCAAAGCAACAUCCUCUCUAGUUCAACUUCAAGCAUUAGACAGAAACUGUCUUGAGAUUUCUAGGUAAAAUGCUGGCUGUUUUCGAGAAAGCAAUUGGAAACCCACCGGAGGAGCUGAGGCUACCUUCAAUCGGCUCAGAGGGUAAGAAAAAUCGAGCAGAAAUCUUAGAGACUUUCCGGUCAUUGUUGCCCGAAUCGACCCUGUACAGCCUGUCAAAUGGGAAUUUCAUGGCACUGUCUCGCGAAGGGAGUCCAGUGCAUCCCAGGUAAUAAAGUCUUAGCCUUUAG